CCAAAAUGCAAAUUAAAGCACAAUUAUUAAAAUACUUCCGCCCAGUGUUGUACGGAAGUCUAGUAUAUUCUCUCUGUGAACAUUUCCUAAAUAAUCAGUGGAACGUUUCGUUUAUAUACCGAGGUGAACAUCAUAUUCUAUUUACACAGUAUUUAAAUAUAUCUGAUUAAGACAAGAUUUUUGACGUGAUGUUGUCAGUGAAGCUUUGAAACAGUAAUUAAAAUGGCUGUGUGUACUUCUGAUUUACAAAGUAAACUUUCAAGUUUAAAAAGAACUCCUCCACCAAACACUCCAAAACAGAAUUCAGAUGACAAGCCAAGUGAUGUUGCCUUUUUAAGGAUGAGAUUAAGACCAACUAAUCAGUCAUUAACAAAACAGCAUGAAAAGACGGAUGACACAGUGAAUGAAAAUAAUGAUGGGGUUAAGAAACUUUCUCAAAUGUUUGAAAAUAAUUCUGUUAGCAAAUCUCCCAUUCCACCUAAAACAAAAGUAGAAGAGAAGAGGCAACUUGUCAUUCCAGUUAAGCCAGUUAAGCCAAAUGUACCAAGAAAACCAAGCGAUUGCAACCGACCGCCAAGUGUUGUUAACAAACCUGAUCCUACAAUCCAUGAAAAUGGGUCAUCAUUUGGUUGUACACCAGAACUAAUGCCAUUGCCUUCAGAGUCAGCUAUUGGUGCAUGUCCAGUUAAACCUCCAAAGCUUGGUUUUUUGAAGACUGUGUUAGAAAAAUAUCUUGGAACUAGUCAUCCAGAAAGACCAUUUCAUGCCAAUGGAACACCAGAAACAUUGCCUCCAGAUAUUCCAAAAAAGCCAGAUUCUGUGCCAAGGAUGUCUGGAGACAACAUCUCUAAUAACAGCAUACAAUCUUCAAGAAACAGCAUAGCAGAUGACAUUUAUGAUGACACUGUGUGUAUGGCCCAGUCUGGAGAAAUUUAUGAUGAUACUACUCCUAUUGCCCAGUCUGGAGAAAUUUAUGAUGAUACUACGCCUAUUACUCAGUCUGGAGAAAUUUAUGAUGAUACUACUCCUAUUACUCAGUCUGGAGAAAUUUAUGAUGAUACUACUCCUAUUACUCAGUCUGGAGAAAUUUAUGAUGAUACUACUCCUAUUACUCAAUCUGAAGAAAUUUAUGAUGAUACUGUUAACUCAAAUGAAUCUCAAUCUGGAGAUAUUUAUGAUGACACUGUCAACCCGACUCAAUCUGGAGAUAUUUAUGAUGAUACUGUAAAUGGGAAUGAUUUUACAACAGAUGAAGCUCAAGAUAAUCAAUUCGGUGAUGAUAUCUAUGAGCCUAUUGGAGCUCAGAAUGAUUUUUCUUUAUCACAACCUGCAGACAUAAAUCCACCAUCUUUACCGGCCAAAGACAGCAGUAAGGAAGACAGAAAGAAAAAGGAAAAAGAGAGGAAGCAGAAAGAAAAAGAAGCAAAACUUGAGAGAGAAAGAGAACAAAAAGAACGCAAGAAAUUGGAAAAAGAGAAAGAAAAGAAAAUUAACGAAAUGAAGAAACGAUUCGGUAUAAAAGGAAAUGAGAAAUCUUUAGGAAAUUGUUCGCCAUCUGAGGAUAUUCAAGGAAAUCGUAACGAUAUAACUGUGUGUGUUGGGGACGAACUUGAAAUAAUACGAAAAGGAAAGCCGAAUCCAUCCAAUAAAUGGCUGGUGAGAAACAAACAAGGACUGUAUGGUUAUAUUGAUGUUAAUAAAAUAACGUCAAGUAAUGAUAGUGAAGAUUUAUAUGAAGUAGUUCCAACAGGUGGAUUACAUCAGAGUAUCCACACAGAUGAAUCGAACCUACCUAGCCCACCAACACAAUCAGCACCCCCUCCCCCUGUUCAAAAUGCACCCAGACCCCCUGCAGAAAAUCAAGAUAUUUAUGAUGAUGUUUCAGCCCAAGAAGAUUUGUAUGAGUUCCUUCCUGAAGGAUAAAACAAGCCAAAACGUAUUUUUUGAAAGAGUUCUGAAAGAUUGUUUUUUCUAGUCUUCAAGUUUAACUCUGCCUAAAUCAUUAUAGAAUUGGUCAUACGCAAAUAUGUAAUUGCUUUAUGUGUAGCUACUCUAUGUUAUUUGUGCAGUGAUUUCUGAUAUAAUAUAUUAUUCUACUUAUCAGCUUGUACCUAAAUAUCACCAUUGAACAUAGUUUUAAGUUUAAUUGAACACAGCAUGGCGGCUGAUGACAGCAUUAGUCUAUGGAUAGCAAUUCUUUCAUCUUUGUCUGUUUUGUAAGAAAUAGUAAAGAUGAAUGUAAAACGAUAGGAAAAUAUAUUUGAUAUAUCUAACAGGCGUUUCUAGCUAUUUCAGUACUCGAGAGACGAUAACGCUUUUAAAAGUUUUGUUAUAAAAAAUUUGGAUUUGUCAUUAUUACACACCUGUUUUAAUAUGCAUGCUAUGGUACUUUUAAA